AUCUGCAAGGUUAAACUGAUAAGGAGUGUGAUGUUCUUUAAUUUAUGAAAUGUAUUUGUUAGCAAAUUACAGUGGUGCAAGAACAACAAAUGCUUCUGGACAUUAAAUUCAAACGUGUGUCCAGAAUGUUUACUUUUGGAAGCAGAAAAACUGAUUUGGACUGUUAGUGACGCCACGCGCUAAUAAACGUUAUUACUAUGGCAACUAGUAGUAGUAGAAGAAGAAGAAGAAGAAGAAGGGACGCCUGAGAUUGAAAAAUAAAAAACGCACUGGAGGCGUCACAGUUGUUUCCAUUUCCGACCAUCGAACGUGCCGAGGUGGCAAACUACGUCAAAUUGAACUCGUCAAUACAACAAUCAGUGCUGCUAUGCUAUGGUGUUGUAUUUACUACAAGAUUAUUGUAUCAUCUACACCACUUUCCAUUAUUUUCUAAAACAGUCAUUCCAGAGCUAUAUAAUAAAUUGUAGUAACGUCAUUUACCAGCUCUGCACGAUCUCAAAGUGGAUAAAGACAUGUUUAUUUGUUCCGGAGAGCACAGUUGAGAAGACCAGCCCGAGUUGCAGUGCCUCUUGGUGGCUUUUACCAGCUGUAGUCGGGAAAUUACAAGUUGAAACUUCACCUCGAACGCAGCACUGCAAGUUGCACCUUCGCCUCGAAAACAGAAAGAUAUAUAGGCUAAGAUACAUUUCAUUGGCGGAUGUGUCUGCUGACAAGAAUAAAAAAAAGAGGAGAGAACUAACCGAUGAACAGAAAGAUGAGAUUAAAGAAGCAUUUGAACUCUUUGACACCGACAAGGAUAAGGAACUAGACUAUCAUGAACUAAAGGUGGCCAUGAGAGCACUUGGAUUUGAGGUGAAGAAAGUUGAUGUUAUGGCUAUCUUAAAAGACUUCGACCGAGGAGGCAGUGGAAAAAUAACUUAUGACAUUUUCAAAGAAGUUGUGACUGACAGGAUUUUGGAUCGGGACCCAAAAGAAGAAGUUCUGAAGGCAUUUAAACUGUUUGAUGAUGAUGACUCUGGAAAGAUCAGCCUGAAAAACCUGCGGCGUGUGGCCAGAGAGCUAGGAGAAGACAUGAGUGAUGAAGAGCUGAGGGCUAUGAUUGAUGAGUUUGACACUGAUGGAGAUGGAGAGAUUAGUCAAGAGGAGUUUGUUUCAAUUAUGACCAGAGACUCCUGAGUUUACAGCAUGGUCAAGUCUUACCAAAUAUCCUGUAGCAUAUGGACAACAGCCAUGAUAUGGCUUUAUGUUUAGAAAAGAUACAAUUACAAAUAUAAUCACUAGUGUGUACACCAUGUAAAGAUUCAUUUGACUGCUUCAGUGAGGUACUAGAUUACUCUUUCACAAGACAUUAAUAUUGUUAUACUAAAUGUUCCAAAUGUUGAAUAUAGUUAAGCAUUGUAUUGUGAUAUGACUACUACUGACUGUCCAUUAAUUAGUCAUUUACCAUGAAAAAUAACUUAGUGAUUUAUUCUGUAUAAAAUGAUUAUUUCUGUAGUUUGGUGCAUUACUGUUAAAGUUAAAUAACUCUCAUGCAUGUACAUAUUUUAUAUGCUUAUAAACCAGAUGUUGUAUGCAGUUCUACAGAGUUCUUUAUGUUCAAACUUUACGUACUCCAACACACAUAUAAAUGUUGUAUGUUCAAUAGGUAGAUGUAAAACUGUGUGGCAGCAAUGCAAUUCACACUAUUCCUCUUAGUAAGUUGUGAUCAAACGCUAAAUAUUGAUAAAUCAGAAUUUCAGUUUUCAUUUCCUUUCAGUUAGAUGCUAAACAAAUUGGAACGUGGCACCUUUUUAAACAUACAUUUUUGUGAUGUAUGAAAAAUGUGAAAAAAUAUAGAUUGGAUAUUAUUGGCAGGUGUUACAUAUUUUUUCAUAUUGUUCACAAUGUUUUAUACUGGCCAAGUAAAUAACCAAACCUUUACGCAAAUGAGCAAGCAUUUCACCUCCUUAAGAAGAAACCAAGGGAGAAACCUUUGAUUACAAAGAAGUUGUAAUAUAUUCCUAGAAAAAUACUACUUAAUCAGCAAAUAUUAAUAUUAUUAUUAUUGAGCUUGACAUUUGUAGUGUGAGUGUGUCUGUGUGUCCUAGCCAGCAACAAAGGACCUUCUUAUUGACUGUACUUGUUCUAAAGUUGUUGCCUUGGUUUCAGGUUUAUUUGUUUGUUUUAUUUAAUUGAUUGAUAGUUGUUGUUUUUUUAUUUAUCUUUAGAAUGUGUCCAUUAGAAAAAGAAUAAAUAAUAAGUACAUCAGUA